GUGUCUCUUGCAGAACUUGAUAGCCAGCUGUCUGUUGACUCUCGUUAUUAACCGUAAACAGCCUGUAUCUUCUUCACUCUUACACCCAACACCCAAUAUAAAUACACUUCUCACACCUUCACGUGCUGUCCCAGAUUCCCCGCCUUCAACACCUCUUUCUUUCUUCCUUCCUUCUUCUUAUACUGUACCAUCGCCGGCGACCCAUUAAAUUCUUGUCUAACACAGGUUAUCAUCCGUUUUGGAUCUUUGUCCAAGAUGGGGUUGGACGGUCCAACUGGAAACGAAGGUGUGAGGAGACGAGGAUGUUCAUGCACCAAAGAUGAUUUUCUUCCAGAGGAGUCAUUUAAGAGCUGGGGUAAUUAUGUCCAAGCACUCCAGCAAACUCCGGAAAGGUUUAUGGAUCGGGUAUUCACCCGAUCACUUGACUCAACGGAGCUCCAUGAAAUCAAGGCUCGGAGCCAGCAUGAAAUGAAGAAGACCCUCUCCUGGUGGGACCUCAUAUGGUUCGGAAUCGGAGCCGUCAUCGGCGCCGGCAUUUUCGUACUUACCGGACUCCAAGCUAGAGAAGUUUCAGGCCCCGCUGUGGUUAUAUCCUACGUGGUGUCCGGUAUCUCGGCCAUGCUUUCUGUAUUUUGCUACACUGAAUUCGCUGUUGAAAUCCCUGUUGCAGGUGGCUCAUUUGCCUACCUUAGAGUGGAGUUGGGUGAUUUCAUGGCCUUCAUUGCUGCCGGUAACAUUCUCUUGGAGUAUGUUAUUUCAGGUGCUGCGGUGGCUCGGUCAUGGACUUCCUAUUUUGCCACACUCUGCAAUCACAAACCCGAAGAUUUCCGCAUCAUAGUCCACAGCAUGUCCGAGGAUUAUGGCCAUCUUGAUCCUAUUGCAGUUGUUGUUGUAUGUGUCAUCUGUGUCCUUGCUGUACUUAGCACCAAGGGCUCAUCACGCUUCAAUUACAUUGCUUCCAUCAUCCAUGUUAUAGUCAUUCUCUUCAUAAUCAUUGCUGGUUUCUCGAAAGCGGAUGCCAAAAACUAUAGUGACUUUAUGCCCUUUGGCAUUCGUGGAGUCUUCAAGUCUUCGGCUGUGCUUUUCUUUGCUUAUGUUGGUUUCGAUGCUGUUUCAACGAUGGCCGAAGAGACUAAGAACCCUGCUCGUGAUAUCCCUAUUGGUCUUGUUGGAUCCAUGGUAAUAACCACAGCUGCAUAUUGUUUGCUUGCUGUAGCAUUGUGCUUAAUGCAACCGUUCCGUGAGAUUGAUGUGGAUGCCCCAUUUUCAGUAGCAUUUGAAGCUGUUGGGAUGUCAUGGGCUAAAUACAUUGUUGCUGCCGGUGCAUUGAAAGGCAUGACAACCGUUUUACUCGUUAGUGCCGUUGGUCAAGCACGAUAUCUCACACAUAUUGCACGAACCCACAUGAUGCCACCAUGGCUAGCACAAGUGAAUCCCAAGACUGGAACACCAAUUAAUGCUACCAUUGUCAUGCUUUCCGCAACAGCAAUUAUUGCUUUCUUCACAGAACUUGAUAUUCUUGCCAAUCUUCUAUCGAUAUCAACAUUAUUCAUCUUCAUGCUUGUGGCCCUGGCGCUUCUUGUUCGUCGUUAUUACGUCAGUGGUGAGACAACUACAGCAAACCGCAACAAACUAGUUGCUUGCAUUGUGCUUAUUCUUGCAUCUUCAAUCGCAACAGCUGCUUACUGGGGUCUGAGUGACAACGAUGAUUGGAUUGCUUACGUGAUUACCGUGCCAACUUGGUUCUUAGCUACUCUAGCACUUCAUGUUGCUGUUCCUCGUGCUAGGAAUCCAAAACUCUGGGGUGUACCGUUGGUACCAUGGUUGCCAUCAGCUUCCAUUGCUAUAAACAUAUUCCUACUAGGGUCAAUAGACGGGGCAUCCUUCGCAAGGUUCGGUAUAUGGACUGUUAUGCUGCUGUUGUACUAUUUCUUCUUUGGAUUACAUGCGUCAUACGAUACAGCAAAGGAAGCAGCAGAGAAUAAGAUGGGAGAUGGUUUGAAGAAAGUGGAAGAAGGUGUUAAAGUUUCUUCAGAGGCCCAAUGAGUUGCCGUUUAAAUUACAAAAUGGUAGCAAACCAGCAAUUCUCCUCUUAGCGUUCCACUAGUUUCUUCAAUACUUCACUCAUCAGUGUGCAGAUCUGUUGUUUUUUCUGUGAAUAUCUUUGGUUGAAUUUUAUAUUUCCUCGAAGAAAAAUGUGUUUGAUCUUUGAACAUUGUACUCAAACAUGCAUUCCAAAAUUGUGAACACAAGAAAUUAAGAUCUGCAGGAAAUUUGUGAAUGAAGUUAGUAGUAGUACUUGAUUAGUGUUUUAA